AUGCAUAUCAAGCAGAUCAUCAUUCAGGGCUUUAAAAGCUACAAGGAUCAAACCGUCAUUGAGCCCUUCUCCCCAGGGACUAAUGUCAUUGUUGGGCGCAAUGGAUCCGGAAAGAGCAACUUCUUCGCCGCUAUCCGCUUCGUCCUUAGCGAUGCCUACGUCAACCUGAGUCGCGAGGAGCGCCAAGCCCUCCUCCACGAGGGUUCGGGCUCGGCCGUCAUGUCCGCCUAUGUUGAGAUCAUCUUCGACAACAAAGAUCGGCGCUUCAGCGAACCGGGAGACGAGGUCGUCAUUCGCCGCACAAUUGGCCCUCACAAGGACGAGUACUCGGUUGAUAGAAAGGUCCAGAGCCGGGCCGAUGUGAUGAAGAUCCUCGAGACCGCCGGCUUUGCCAAGGAGAACCCGUUUUACAUUGUCCCUCAGGGUCGCAUUGCCUCCAUUACCAACAUGAAGGAAUCCGAGAGGCUCAACCUCCUCAAAGAGAUUGCGGGCACCAACCUUUACGAAGAUCGCCGACUCCAGUCCCUUAAGAUCAUGGAAGAAACCAAUAGCAAGCGUGAGAAGAUCGACGAGACGCUGGCGUACAUCAAUGAGCGCUUGAAGGAACUAGAGGAAGAGAAGAAUGAACUUCGCGACUUCCAAGAGAAGGAUAGAGAGCGCAGGUGUCUGGAGUAUGCUCACUGGCACCGUCUCCAGCAGAGCAACCAGGAAGCCCUGGAGCAGCUGGAAGAGCAGAGACAGGGUGGCGCUGGCGCUACGGCGAAGGAUCGCGCACAACUCCAGAAAGUGGAAAAGGAGCUUGCCACAUUGAGCCAAAAGACCCAUGAACUAAGGCAGAAUCUGGAUCUUUUGGCCGUCGAGCGUCGUCAGUUGGACGAGGACCGGAAAGACGCGGCCCGUGCCCGUGCGAAGGCUGAGCUAAAGGUCAAGAAUUUGGAUGAAACCCGGCACGCACGCGAGCUGGCUCAGAAGAAACAGGAGGAAGACCUGAAGGACGUUAGGCGGAGGAUACAAGAGGCCGAGGCUGAGAUUGCCAAGAUCCUGCCUGAGUAUGAGAAGUGGCAAAAGGAAGAGAACGACAUCAGGCUACAACGCGACGCUGCGCUGGCUGGGAAAAAGAACUUGCUGACAAAGCAGACCCGGGCCUCACAGUUCAAGACUAAAGCCGAGCGCGAUGCCUACCUCAGGCGGGAGAUCGACGAAGCUACGGCAUCACUCGGCCUACAAAAGGCCAACGCCAUGGACGCAAAGGAACAAGUCAAGUCUGUGGAGACGUCGAUCGCCCAGCUAGAGAAAUCUAUCGAAGAUAUCCGAAAGAAGAUUGAGAACUACGGUGCCAACCGUGUCACGCUCGCCGAGCAGCUUGUCAAGGCCCAGGAGGCCCGCGAACAACUGCAGGAGGAGCGCAAGCGGUUGAGGAGAGAGGAGGACAAACUCAGCUCUGUGUUGUCCAACACGCGUGCCGAGAGGGAACAAGCUGAGUCCAUCCUUGCACAUGCCAUGGACCAAGCGACAGCCAAGGGUCUGGCCUCCAUCCGGAGAUUGAAGCAGGAGCGCGAUAUUCCAGGAGCCUACGGCACGUUGGCUGAGCUGAUGAGGGUGCCGGUAGAUGCAUAUAAACUUCCUGUUGAACAGGUUGCGGGAUCUAGUCUCUUCCACUACGUGGUCGACAACCAGCAGACGGCUUCACUUCUCGCAGACCAUCUGUAUAAGACGUACGGUGGUCGCCUCACCUUCAUGCCUCUGGAGGAACUACGGCCGAAACAAGUCAAAAUGCCCCGAGCUCAUGAUGCUCAACCGCUCAUUAGCAAGAUCGAGUAUGAUCCGAAGUUCGAGAAGGCCUUCCAGCAAGUCUUCGGCCGGACUAUCGUCUGCCCGAACCUGGCCGUUGCUUCGCAAUAUGCUCGGACCCACGGCCUCGAUGCCAUUACGCCUGAGGGUGAUACUACGAACAAGAGGGGGGCGAUGACUGGUGGUUAUGUCGACAUGCGGAGGUCACGACUCGACGCAGUGCAAAGGGUCAGCGAGCUGCGCGAUCUCUUCGAGAAGCAAAUGCAGGACCUUGAGAAAAUCAGAAAAGAGAUAGAGGCCAUUGACCAGAAGGUCACGCAAGCCACAAGCGAGGAGCACAAGCUCGAGCAGCAAAGGCAGCAGUUCGAGCAGAGUUUUGAGCCGCUCAAAAUGGAGCUGCGCGCUAAGCAGGCACAGCUUGAGCGUGAGCGGCAUCAUUUGGAGACGGCUAAAGCACGGCAGGCCCAGGUAGAACAGAACCUUAAGGAGUUGGACCGCACCAUCGCAGGUUACCAGGCCGAGCUCGCUCAGGACUUUAAGAAGGCUUUGACGGCUGCCGAGGAGCGUCAGUUGGAAGAAUUUGAUGCCGAUGUGCAUCGCUUAUCACAGACGCUCAAGGAGGUAAGCAGUAAGAGGCUGGAAUUCGAGGGCCGCAAGCGGAUGCUUGAGGACCAGCUACGGGGCAACCUCCGGCCGCAAGAAGAUCAGCUUCGUGGGCUGGCGUUUGAGAACGCAUCGAUCGGCGGCAGUGACAGCUAUCAGGAUGCGCAGAGAGAGCUCAAGAAGGUCCAGAGGGCUAUGGCCGAGGUGGAGCAGCGGCUGCAGGAAGUUGACAAGAUGGCCGAGCAGCUCAAUAGGGACCUGGCGCAACUUGAGGCUCAGAAGGCCAACCUGGAGCAGGACCAGCAGGUGCUGCAGCAGCGCAUUGAGCACUACCAGAAGAGGAUGGAGAAGAGCAUCCAGAGAAGGGCACAGCUCAUUGCCCAGGGCGCUGAGUAUGCGAAGAAUAUUCGCGACUUGGGUAUCCUGCCUGAGGAGGCAUUCGACAAGUAUGAGAGAAUGAAACCUGAGCAGAUUGAGGCAAGACUGCGCAAGGUCAAUGAGGCGCUCAAGAAGUAUAAGCACGUCAACAAGAAGGCGUUCGACCAAUACAACAGCUUCACGGCACAACGUGAGCAGCUCUUGAAGCGGCGUGAGGAGCUCGACACGUCGCGCAAGUCCAUCAUGGAGCUGAUUGAGCACCUCGACCGCGAGAAGGACGAGGCUAUUGAGCGGACAUUCAAGCAGGUGUCCAAGGAGUUUGCGACUAUCUUUGAGAAGCUGGUGCCAGCCGGUCACGGCCGUCUGGUCAUCCAACGGCGAGCCGACAAGAAGAAGAGGCGUGACAAGAAUGCUGUUGGCGAUGAGGAGUCGGACAGGGAGGAGGGGCCGACCUCGGGAGUGGACAGCUACACGGGCGUCGGCAUCAGCGUGUCGUUUAACUCGAAGGUCGCGGACGAGCAACAGAAGAUUCAGCAGCUCAGCGGUGGCCAGAAGAGCUUGUGCGCGCUCUGCCUGAUCUUCGCUCUUCAGGCGGCCGAGUCCAGCCCGUUUGUCAUUUUCGACGAGGUCGACGCCAACCUGGACGCGCAGUACCGCACGGCAGUGGCCCAGCUGCUGCAGGAGAUCUCGGCCGAGCAGGGCACACAGUUCAUCUGCACGACGUUCCGGCCCGAGAUUGUGCAGGUGGCCGACAAGUGCUAUGGCGUCACAUUCCACAACAAGACCAGCACCAUCGACUGUGUGCCGACUGAGGAUGCGCUGAACUUUGUCGAAGGCGGGGAGAAGAAAUGA